UAAGACAAACUAGAACAAGGCGCAGAUUUCAGAUAAGAAUGCAAAAUGUAUCAUAUUUUCGACAUUAAAUUAAUUAAUUUUUAUACGUUAAUUAAUUACAAAAUGAUGUGUUGAAACAUGUUAAUUCGAAGCUAGAAAAGUAACUCGAAGUUUUUAUGAACAUAUCGGUGAUUCGGCGCUCUUGGUGAAACCGUAGCUAGCUCAAAAUGCUCAAGUUCCUUGCAAACAUAUUCUGGCAAAGAAGAGCCCUGUACUGUUACCUCGUAUUAUCUUUAUGGAUUUUUGUAAUAGUAAUUGGCGUAUAUCGUUACCUCGGUAAACAUGUUUCCGGCACCUCUUACUAUCCUGCUCUGCAUCUAGUCGAAGAUAAUACAGCCGAUAUACAAGCGUUAAAAAACAACGACUUAUGGUUUUCUGAUAAUCGAUUCAAAAAAGUUCAUAAAUCUUGCCACCCAACGAAUUUAAUCGAAGUUGGGUCAGAAAAUGUUGUGAACGAUAACUAUACAUUAGAAGGAAUCGCUGUUGUAUUUCGUCACGGAGAUCGAGGUCCAAUGAACCAUGUUCGGAAUUUAAACGCGAUCACUUGCGGAUACUCGGAUGACAGCAAUGUCACCGAAUUAUACAGUAAAUAUUUAACAUUCAUGUCGAUCAAUUGGUCCAAUCAAGCGUACCCAUCUCUAUUUCAAUUCCUCGGCCAGCCCAAUAAUCAUCCAUCGAUGCCUUCUUCAAAACAAUGCGAUAUCGGACAGCUCUCCUUACAAGGAGUCAUGCAACACUUAAAACUCGGUUCAAUCUUACGAAAUAUCUAUUUCGAUAAAUUAUUCGCCGGUGUUACUCAAAUUCACACCAAUAUCAUCGCCUACACAACGAAAUACCGCCGAACUUUCCAAAGCUUGAACGCGUUUUUAUUCGGAUUCCUGAAAAACGAAGGAUUUUUCAAAAUCCCUUUGAAUACGGUCGCUAGUAUGUCGUAUUGUUUCGAAGACUGCGCUUGUCCUGCCAAAGAAUUGUAUUUAAAGAACGCUGUGAAGGAAAACAAUAAACGUAUCAGGUCUAAUUCAGAUGUGCUCAAAAUGGUCGAAGAUAUAUCCUCGGUUGUUUAUACAUUCGGCGAUGGAAGUUUUAUUCGUGAUCCUCAUUAUUUGAAAGAUGCUUUGAUGGCGUAUCUUUGCCAUAAUACUCAUUUACCUUGUUUGGCUACGAAAUGUGUUUAUCCUCAACAAGCCCUCAAGGUGUUUUCGUACGUUGAUUGGGAUUCCAGACAGUUGGGUAAAAGUAUACCGAGACAAAAGUAUUGCGUUCUGAGUGCCUACGGUUUUAUCAAGAAUAUCGUCGGUCAUUUGCUGAAAAUCGUGUCUAACGAGAGACCGAAAAUCGUUUUGUAUUCUGCUCACGAUAAAACCAUACAAUUCUUAUUGACGGCGUUGGGUGUUACGUCGAAUGAAGCUAUUUUCCCACCUUAUGCUUCCAGAGUGAUAUUUGAAAUUUACUCGAGUAAAGAAAAAGAUCCAGCUACGCCGAAGAAAUUCUACUUCAGGUUGAUUUUCAAUGGAAAAGAUCUCACUCAAAAAAUUAAAUUCUGUAGCGCUAAAAAUAGAAUUAUUUUAACAAACUACAACGCCAAGACGAUUCUGUGUUCGUUCGAAUCGUUGAUACGGUUCUUACAUGACGAUUAUUUUUCCAUUUUCAACUCCACUAACUUCAAAGACGCCUGUAUUGUUUCCAAGAAUAAUUGAUGAAUGUGAAACUGUCAAUUAGAUUUCAUCACGGCUGAUCGCCAUUAUGACAUUGUUAUCCAUUUUGAGAUAACGUUACACGCUCGGUGAGUCCGGUUCGGAAUUCAAUUUUGGAAUAUGAGAAUGAAGAAAUUGAUCUGAAGGGCGAUCCAUCGAAUGAUUCGUGUAUCGUUCACUUACAUAUCACAAUUGAGCUUUUGUGUGGUUUGGUGGAUGUUGCUAAAGUGCAUGUGAAGCAAUCCACUAUAGGCUCAGUCAGGGCCUAUCUCAGUUCAUGCUCCAGACAUUCUAUGAGUGUUGGAUUUGGACGCGAGUAAUACUCUGAGAAGCUAUUUUUAAUGCUCUACCGAACAAUUGGGAAAGUGAUAGAGAAUACAUUCGUAAGUUAUUUAGACGAGUAAAGGUCUCAAAAUUUUGAGUUUUGGCCAAUUCUGUCAGUAAAAAAUGACACUAAGUGCCUGAAACAGUGAAAUACUAAUUUCCAGGAUCAAAAAGCCAUAAGAGGUAUCAUAACCUAUAAAUAUAGUUUAAUUGUGCAUCAAUAUUAUAUCUACUUAACUUAAUUGUACCUAGACCCCGCACUUAGUAUUUUUAAAUUUAUAAUCUGAUGUGAUAUUUGAAAUACUGCACAACAUUGCCUACCUUAUCUUUUUUAUACGCUUAAGGCAUAAUUUUAUAAUAAGAUGUUACCUACUCAGUACUGUAAGAAAUCCUCAUUCCAUAUUAUGAUACAUUCUCUUUCUCAUGAUAAAAUAAUCAAGAGACCUGAAGCAAACAUAAAAUGUGUUAGUUAUCUUACUUCAUAAAUGAGGUUGUUACCCAUCAAUUAUUUUGAAAGAAGAAUUUAUGUGAUGUCGAAUAAAUGGAAUUUGUUGUAUUGUUUAAAA